AUGGAUGCCAUGGAUAGAAGAAACCCCCAGAACCACAGGGGGCCACCUAGGGGAAACUCAAGGACAAUUGACCUUGGAGCAGUAGCUGAUCGAGCUUACAGCCAGAUCCACUGCAGAAAUGGACAGAUCUACGGGCUGAAUGAGUUCCGUGGCGCAUUUCAGCAGGAGAGAGUGAGCUUUAGCCACAGGAUGCGCUUUGAAAAAGAGAAGAACAAACGUCUUGAGGAGGUGCUGAGGUACAAGGACUCAGGGCUUGACCAACAGCGUGAAAGGCAAAAUGAAUACAUCUACAACUGUGAGGCAGAAAUCUCACGUCUGAAGAAGAACCUGGAAGCUGCAGAGUGCCAACACAAGCAGCAGGUGGACAUUAUUCUGGCCAAGCAUGUUGUAGAGAAGGAACUGCUCUCAGACCAGAGCAACCAGGGGACAUCCCACAGUCAGAACAGCAAUGGUCCUCUGCAGUUGGACACAGAGACCACCAAACUGCUGCUGAAGAAAGGAGAUGAACUCUCUGAGUGUGUGUCAGUCUGGGAGCAAAGAUACAGCGCUCUGGAGGAGACGAUGAAAGCUGCAGAGCUAAAACACAAGCAGCAGCUGGACGAGAAAGUCGCAUGGUAUGAGGCACAGCAAGAAAAGCUCUCAGACCAGAAGAACCAGGCGACAUCUGACGGCCAGAACGCCGAUACAGAGACCAUGAAAGUCCUGAUGAGAAGUGGAGAAGAACUCCUUCAGUUUGUGACAGUCUUGAAGGAUAAAAACAGCGCUCUGAAGGAGAAGAUGGAGGCUGCAGAGCUAAAGCACCAGCAGCAGCUGGACGACACAGUGGCAGGGUUUGAGGCAAAGCAACAGGAGCUCUCAGCCCAGAGCCACGAGGCCAACCUGGUGACCUUAAACCAGCUGAAGGAAAGAGAGGAAGAACUCCUUCAGUGCGAGGAUAAGUUCAUCAUGAACAUGACCGGGAGACACCAGAUGGAGAUGAAACUGGAACAGGAGGAAAAGAACCAAAGAAAGCAGGCCAGUGCGAAUAAGACCUUGGAGAUGGAAGUCCAACAGAUGGUGGACCAGUUGAAAAGGCACGAGGAAAAGUUCUCCAAAGACCUGGCCGAUAAAAAUCAGAAGAUGGAGGCUGCAGAGCUAAAACACCAGCAGCAGCUGGACGACGUGGUGGCAGGGUUUGAGGCAAAGCAACAGAAGCUCUCAGCCCAGAGCCACGAGGCCAACAUGAAACCUGACACGUUUCUCAAAAAGAAAAUAUUUUUCCAAGACCUGGCCGAGAAAAACCAUAUGGAGAUAAAACUGAAACACAUGGAAAGGAUGAAAAGAUUCGAGGCCCGUAAGAACAAGACCUUGGAGACGGAAGUCCCUGAGAUGGCCGACCAGUUGAAAACGCAAGAGGAAAAGUUCUCCAAAGACCUGUCCCAGAACAUCAAUCUGAAGGAGAAGAUGGAGGCUGCAGAGCUCAAACACCAGCAGCAGCUGGACGACACGGUGGCAGGGUUUGAGGCAAAGCAACAGAAGCUCUCAGCCCAGAACCACGAGGCCAACCUGGUGACCUUAAACCAGCUGAAGAAAAGAGAGGAAGAACUCCUUCAGUGCGAGCAAAAGCUCAUCAGGAACCUGGCCGAAAAACCCCGGGUGGAGAUGAAACUGAAAGAGGUGACCCAGGAGAAGAACGACCUGGCCAAGAAAAACCUGGACUGUGAGACGGAUGUCAAACAGCUGAAAGAGCAGAUGAGAGAGCACGAGGAAAAGUUCUCCAGAGACCUGGCCCAGAACCAAGAGACCUGUGAAACCAAGGUUAGUUUGGUGGAGACCAAAUUGAAAGAGGUGACUCAGGAGAAGGACGACCUGGCCCAGCAACACCAGAACCGGCAGACUGAACUCAAAGAGGUUCAGGCUGAACUAAAAACGGUCAAAGAGGAGAAAAAGCAAUCCCAGGAGACAAACCAGAGCCUGGAGAAGGAAGGGGAACUGAAGGACAGCCAAGUCAAGCAGUUGGAGAACGAUUUGGAGGAGCAGAAGGAAAGGUUCAUCAAAGACCUGGCGGAGAAACACCUGGACUGCGAGCUGUUCGUCGAACAGAAGGAGAGGACUGUCGAGCAGCUGAGGAACCAACUGGAAGAGCAGAAGGAGAUGUUCACCAGAGACCUGGCCCAGAACCAAGAGACCUGGGAAACCAAAGUUAAUUCGGUGGAGACCAAAUUAAAAGAGGUGACUCAGGAGAAGGACGACCUGGCCCAGCAACACCAGAACCUGGAGAAGGAACUGAAGGACGUCGAAGAAGAGAAGAACCAGAGCUGCGAGAGGGGAAUCAAACUGAUGGAGACCAAAGUCCAACAGUUUGAGGAGCAGAUGAAGGAGCAGCAGGGGAUGUUCUACAAAGACCUGGCCCAGAAACAGCAAAGCUGGGAGACCAAGGUUCAUCAGAUGGAGACACGACUGAGGCAGGUGGAGGAGGAGAAGGACGACCUGGCUCUGAGGCGGCUCAGCUGGGAGACGAAGGAGAAAAAGGAGGAGGAGGAGAAGAAACUUCUGGAAGACCUCUGUCUUCACAUGAAGAAUAAGAGAAGGGGCUUCUUCUCCCGCAGGAGGGAACCUGAGGACAGAGACGUCACCUUGCAGAAAAUGAUCAGCAAGAUGAAAGAGAAGGAGAUGAGGAAGAAAGCAAGUCGGGGGGGAGCUGAGGCAGAAAGCAGCUCAGAGGAGAAGCUGGAGAGGGAGGAUGGUGGUUCAGCUCCGGCUGGGUCACAGUAA